AUGAAUAGAUUGAUCCUUUUGAGUAUUAUCAUGCUCAUGCCUCUCUGUUUGGCUCAAGAUAUAAAUGUAGAAAAACUCCUUGCUUAUAAUAAAUGGUCAAGCUAAUACCAAAGAGUUUAUCUGAAUGAACAUGAAAAACUAUUUAGAUAAAUGAUUUUCUUUGAGAAAUUGUAAAAGAUGAAGGAACAUAACAGUAAUCCUAAUAACACCUAUUCUAUCCAUUUAAACUAAUUCUCAGAUAUGACUAAAGAAGAAUUUACUCAAAAAAUUCUUAUGAAAUAGGAUUUGGUUGGCCAUUUAACGAAAGGAGCUAGUUAAGAGGCAACUCAUAAUGAUGUAAAUAGCGAAGCUUAACUGAAUUCAAAAAGCCCCACUUUAGCUGCUUCAAUAGACUGGAGAACAAAAGGUGCUGUAACAUCGGUUAAGAAUUAAGGUAAUUGUGGUUCAUGCUGGAGUUUCUCUGCAGCUGGCUUAAUGGAGUCAUUUAACUUCAUUAAAAACAAAGCUUUAGUUGAUUUUUCUGAGUAAUAACUCCUUGAUUGUGUCAUCGCUGCAAAUGGUUACAAUAUUCAUGGAUGUGAUGGAGGAUGGCCUGCUUACUGUGUAGACUAUGCUUCCAAAGUAGGUAUCACUACCUUAAAGAACUAUCCCUAUGUUGGAGUUUAGAAUAAGUGUAAUGUGACUGGCACAAAUAAUGGUUUUAAGCCUAAAUAGUGGAAUUAAGUUCCUAACACUUCGAAUGACUUAAAAAUGGCUUUGAAUUUCUCUCCUGUUUCUGUUCUUGUUGAUGCUAACAAUUGGGAUGGUUAUUAGUCUGGAAUUUUCAACGGGUGCGAUUAAUCUCUUAUUAUUCUUAACCAUGCUGUAUUAGCUGUUGGUUAUGACAAGCAAGAUAACUGGAUUGUUAAAAAUUCUUGGGGCCCUUAUUGGGGUGAAAAUGGUUAUAUGAGACUUGCUCCUAACAACACCUGCGGUAUCCUAAAAUAUAAUAUUUAAAUUACUGCUUGA